AUGAUGCUCCGCACGUCCCGCACGCUGGGCCCCAUCGCGCUGCUGCGAGGCAUUCAGCCCGCAAGGGCAGCGUCCACAUCUGCUGCCAACAAGCAGGGAACCGUUCUGGACUCGAUUCUGAUUGCCAAUCGCGGCGAGAUUGCUCUUCGAGUCGGCCGUACCGCCGCUCAGCACGGUAUCAAGGUCACCACGCUCUACACCAACCCCGACAGCAAAGCACAGCACGCGCUCAGCAGUCCGUACGCUUUCAAUCUGGGAGACACGUCUGCAUAUCUAGAUGGCGAUCGGAUUAUUGAAAUUGCCAAGCGCGAGGGCUGCCAGGGGGUUCAUCCGGGCUACGGUUUUUUGAGUGAAAACUCGGAAUUUGCGCAGAAAUGCACCAAUGCAGGACUGGUCUUUAUCGGACCGCCGUCCAAGGCGAUUGAGGACAUGGGUGACAAAAGCCGCUCUAAAGAAAUCAUGACUGCUGCCGGCGUGCCCUGUGUCCCUGGGUACCACGGCAGGAAUCAAGACGCGCAGUUUCUCGAAGCCGAAGCCGACAAGAUGCAAUACCCGGUUCUCAUCAAGGCCGUCAAGGGCGGCGGCGGCAAAGGAAUGCGCAUUGUCAGGUCCAAGGCCGAGUUCCAAGACCAACUGCGCUCUGCAAAGCUGGAAGCCCAGAAUUCAUUUGGCAACGACAACAUGCUGGUCGAAAAGUACAUCACGACGCCCCGACACAUCGAGGUCCAGGUGUUUGCCGACAAGCACGGAAACUGUGUUGCGCUCGGGGAGCGGGAUUGCAGUAUCCAGCGAAGACAUCAGAAAAUCCUCGAAGAAUCCCCAGCGCCACACCUCCCGGACGAGAUCCGAAAAGACAUAUGGGAAAAGGCCAGGUCGGCGGCAUUGGCAGUCGGCUAUGAAGGCGCAGGCACGGUCGAGUUCAUUUUCGACAACGACUCGGGCGAUUUUUACUUUAUGGAAAUGAACACACGCCUGCAAGUCGAGCAUCCCGUCACGGAGAUGGUCACUGGGCAGGACUUGGUGCACUGGCAGAUCCUCGUGGCCGAGGGUGCUCCACUGCCUUUGAGUCAGGAAGAGAUUGAAGCCAAGAUGGCGGUCAGUGGACAUGCCAUUGAAGCCAGGAUAUACGCAGAGAACCCGGACCAGGGGUUCAUUCCAGACUCUGGGCGGCUUCUCCACGUACGCACACCCAAAGAGACGGAAAACGUGCGCAUCGACGCGGGUUUCAUUGCCGGAGAUGAAGUGUCUGCUCAUUAUGACCCGAUGAUUUCCAAACUGAUCGUGCGGGGUGCCAACCGGGAGGAAGCCCUGCGCAAUCUGUCGGUAGCACUGGAAGAAUACGAGGUGGCGGGCCCCAUUACCAAUAUCGAAUUCCUCAAGACCAUCUGCAAGAGCCCAGACUUUGUCUCGGGCGCGGUCGAGACGGGGUAUAUCGAGAAGCACCGCGAGGAGCUGUUCGCCAAACGGACGGUCGAAGACGAGCUGCUGGCACAAGUUGCACUGGCGAGUCUGCUGAAUACAUCACAACAAAACAUCGAGUCGUCGCCGCUGGGGUUCAGUCCCAGCUAUCAACAACGGCGGUUCACCUUCACGGAGCAGGUGUCGUUGGCACCAGACGCAACAAAUCCGACGCACGAAGUCGAAGUGCGUCAAGUCGGACCAGACGAGUUUGAUGUCACCGUCAACGGGCGAAAGUUCGAACAAGUGCGCAGCCACCGCGCUGCAGGCUCGCGGCACGGCAUCACCUCGUUCUUCAGGCACACGCGACUCGACACCACGGUAGUGCAAGACGAGGAGCUCAUCGUCGCGUUCCAGCGUGGGCGGCAGUACCGACUGACAGUUCCGCGGAGCAAGUGGAUGGAAAAAGCGCUGGGGCUGCGCGACGUGGCGAACAGCGUGCUGGCGCCAAUGCCGUGCAAGAUCUUGAGCGUGGAGGUGACGGAGGGGCAGACGGUGGAGAAGGACCAGGCGCUGGUGGUGAUUGAGAGCAUGAAGAUGGAGACGGUGAUUCGCAGCCCGCACGACGGCACGAUUGCGCGGGUCGUGCACAAGAAGGGGGACCAAUGCAAGAGCGGCACGCCACUGGUUGAAUUCGCCGGGGGCGAGGAGUAA